AGUUUGUCUGAUUGAUAAUUCGGUGCAAAAGACAUGAAUUUGCCUUGAGAGUGAGAGAGAGAAAGAAGAAAAAAGCAGAUUCCAUUUCAAUCUCAAUCUAGCUCUAUAUCGGCACUUAUUCAGAGAAACACACACUACAUUGCAUCCUAUAAUGCAUUAAAUCAUAAAAAAUAUGGGCCAUUUCGGUAUGUGUUUAUUAUAUAUUUGUGUUCCUUCAAUUACUAUAGGCUUAUCGUAGCUUCAAGUUAUUCAAGCCCUUCUCUAUGUUCCCCCGUUUCCAAACUUUCUUAACAAAAAGAAAACUUGGCUACAUAGACAGAGAGAUAUGGAGCUUUCUCAGCAUGGUUUUCUGGAGGAACUACUGGCUCCGAGAAGAGAAACGUCUAACUGGAGCUCUUACUCAACUGGGGUUAGUGACCAGUUCUUUUCCCAUGGUUGGAACUUCGAUUCUUUUGAAGAAAACCCAGUUCUGGGUACCUCAAAUCCACCAUUUGGAGGGUUCUCUGCUCACAAUGAACCCAAUUUUGAAUGCCCUUUUGGUGAUCAAGUUUACCCUUUUGUUGGUGUUGGUGCUCUUUCAGUGCCAGAGAUUGACUCCUCCCCAUAUGCCAAGAAUGAUUCCUCAUUCCCAUCCCAGGAAGAUUACCCAUCAAUGGUGGAAGAGGAAGAUUUUGGGUUUCUUGGAAGUGAAAACCACAGCUGUUUGGAAGAAAGCAAGAACAGCAUCUGCAAAGUCCUGGUUGACGUGGAACAACAACAAAAUGGAGAAAUCAAUCCUGGUUUCAAAAUGGGUAUUUGUGGUGAGAAAAAAAGCAAGCCUAAGAAGUUAGAAGGACAGCCUUCAAAGAACCUAAUGGCAGAGAGAAGAAGAAGAAAGCGCUUAAAUGACAGACUUUCCAUGCUCAGAUCAAUAGUGCCCAAAAUAAGCAAGAUGGACAGAACAUCUAUUCUUGGAGACACAAUAGAUUAUAUGAAAGAGCUUCUUGAAAGAAUCAAUAAGUUGCAAGAAGAAGGAAUGGAAGAGAGUACAAAUCAAAUUAACUUACUGAGUAUAUCCAAGGAUCUAAAACCAAAUGAAGUAUUGGUCAGAAAUUCUCCAAAGUUUGAUGUGGAGAGGAGAGACAUGGAUACCAGAAUUGAUAUAUGCUGUGCAGCCAAGCCAGGAUUGUUGGUAUCAACAGUGAACACACUUGAAGCUUUAGGACUUGAGAUCCAACAGUGUGUUAUAAGCUGCUUUAAUGAUUUCUCAUUGCAAGCUUCGUGUUCCGAGGGUGCUGAGCAGAGCACUUUGAUCAGUUCUGAAGAGAUAAAAGAAGCAUUAUUCAGAAAUGCAGGGUAUGGAGGAAGAUGUUUGUAGAAGAACUAUCAAUUGAUGGUAAUAAAUCUAUUUUUAACACUGUUUUUGAGGAUGUGAGAAAGUUGUAUUAAUAAUGUAUUUUCAAUAAGUAUUGUGCAUUUUGAUUAGAUCCAUCCCAAUAGCUUACCAUUUGUAACCUACUCAGAUUGGAGAAUCUUUUAACAAGAAAGGGAUCAUAAUUUGUUUUCAGAAACAUCUAACCCAUAUUUGAAGAAUAUUUAAAUAAGAAAUAGAGACUAUUUUCCUUCC